CAGAAAAGUUCCGGGUUCGGUCCACGCGGUCCGCCUCGCACGUGCAGCUGGCGUGUCGAGGGUCGCACUGCGCGUUCCCCGUGGACGGGACUGCGCUCUGCGUGCGGAGCACCGCGGACCCCCCCCAGCAGAAUCUUCUGCAUUAAGCUGGUGGAGUUCGGGAGACAUGGAGUUUCAUUCUAAAGCUGUUUCGUGGCGGCGGCGGCGCUCCGGGAACGCUCUCAAUAAACCGGGUCUCCCGGCGCAGUGAGCGUGGCGCUGCCAGGCGGGUGGCGCUGCCAGGCGGGUGGCGCUGCGUGACUGCUGCCUCCCUGCGCUUCGGCGAGAACGGAGUGCUGCUCCAGGAGCCGGUGUAGCGUCCAGUCCUGCCGGCGGUCACUGUGCUGGCCGUGCCUGGAGGGAGCCUGCGCUAGUGUUUUGAUUACCCCCCCCCCCCCCCCCCAGUUAGAUCUGCAUUCAGAUCCCCAGCUUCCUCUCUUCCUUUGGCCGGGACCUGAAAUACGGGAGAGCCUGUCCCAGAGCUCAGGGGCACACUGUGGUGGGCGUAACAAAGUGGUCCGGGGGGACCCUCCUGCCAAUCAGUGCGCCUUCACCCCCUGAAGGGCACACUGUCUUCACUCGCACCAGAGCUUCUGAUCUUAAGAGGACACCAUCAGCCAAUUACUGCUGUGGCGUUCGGCAGCACGGAGCACCCGCUUGUGGUCUGCUCUGCCUCACAAGACCACGUGCUCAUGUGGAGGCUGGACGAGUGCAGAGAGAAGGCGCUUCACGGGACGGACCCGUGCGGGCUUGUCCUGGGCGCCCGCCUGGGAGAGGUGCGGUGCGUGAAGUUCAGCCCGGACGACCAGAUGGCUGCGGUGUGCGCUGGCAACAGGGUCCUCGUGCUGCAUGUGCAGAGCCGGACCGCGUGCGCCGAGCUAGAGGGGCACCAGGGCCCCGUGACCGCAGCCGAGUUCUGUGCAUGGCAAGCGCAUGUGGUCGUCUCGGGGUCUGAGGACAGAAGCUUCAAGGUGUGGGACUGUCGCACGGGGGCCCUGAUGCACAGCUCGGCGGUGCUGACAGCCUCCCCCCUCCUGAGCCUCUUCAUCGAUGGGGAGAGCCAGCAGCUGGUGGCCGGGGGCGCCGAGGGCCAGCUGUGCAUCUUCAGUUUGGUUGAAGGUCAUCAUUAUCGUCAUGUGACGCGUGUGGACCUGAGGAAAGAGACGGAGAGCUUCUACGCCAGGCGGCCAGGAGAGAGCGGGCUGGACAGAGGGGAUGGGGUCGACGUGGCGCUCCCCGUCCUGAGCCUGGCGCGCUGCGACCUGCCACCAGGCCCCGGCCCCGGGCAUGGAUGCCUUUCCCCGGAGAGGACCGGCUGUGUGUGGGUCGGAAGCUCCGCUGGACUAUUCAUCCUGAACCUGGCGAGCUUUGAGCUGGAGGCUGCCCUGCAUUACAAGGAGUUUCGGAACCUCAGCAUCCAAGUGGCCGGGUCGUGUGCCGUGACGAGCAGCCGUGGGAAGGCCUUCUGCUUACUCGCUUCCAUGUUUGGCAAUGAGAUCGCCGGCUUGGAGCUCGACCCAGCCGCUCUGGUGAGGUCCCAGCAGCACCCCCACCUGGGAACGCAGCUCUCAGUGCUGCCCAGCUCCAGUGUCUCGCCGACCUCCCCUCUGUAUUUUGGAGUCGCUGAGGCGACACGUAUCAAGCCAGCCGGCCACCAGCAAGCCGCUACUCAGAGCUCCCUGCGGGACCAGCCCCUGGUCUUCCACAGCCGCGUCCGGUCUUCCGGGUACAUGGCUGCACCCCAUGUGACCAUGUUCUCACCCAAGACCAAUGUCAAGAGUGGCUGUAAGAGACCUUCACGACGCAGGAGCACUCACACCUGUCAGGAGUGCCCUUCGGACAGCCCUCCGCCGACCCAGCUCCGCAGGCGGCUGGCUGUGGCCCCGGGCCCGGUGGCCGUGCGCUGCGUGCAGUUCUCAGGAGACGGGCGCUGGCUGGCCUGUGGCCUGGCCGACCACUUGUCCCUGGUCUUCGAUGCCCAUCUGACUGGAGCACCUGCUGUUUUCUCAGGUCACGAUGGGGCAGUGAGCGCCCUGGGCUGGAGCCACGACGCCCGGUGGCUGCUGUCGGCCUCCCUGGACAGGACCCUGAGGGUGUGGUCGGCCCGCAGCCGGGAGCCCGCCCUGUGCCUGGGCACAGACGUGUUCCCAGAGCCUGUGCACCACGCGCAGUUCUACUACCUCGAUUCGUUCGUGCUCGUGUCCUCGGGCCCCGAGUUCCAGCUGCUCAGGCUCCACCUGGACACACGCAAAGAUGAGAUCAAACGAUACAAACAGAGGAGCCGGUGCACCCGCGUGUUCCGGCUCCCCACGACUGGGGCUGCGGAGAUCACCGGCCUGUCCGCCGCCAACGAGUUUUAUUCCCACCUGGUGCUGGCCGCCAGCCGGAGCAGGACAGUGGAAGUUUUCGACCUCAACGUGGGCCGCAGCGCCGCCGUGAUCCAGGGAGUCCAUUCCCGGCCCCCCUACCAGAUCUGCCAGAACCAGGGAUCGUCAUUCACGACCCAGCCACCUCAGGACUAUAAUCUUUUCGCAACCACUGCUGUGGGCGACGGGGUCCGGCUGUGGGACCUGAGAACCCUGAGGUGUGAGCGCCGUUUCGAAGGACACCCGACCCGCUGCUUCCCGUGUGGGAUUGCCUUCAGCCCCUGCGGGCGUUUCGUGGCGUGUGGCGCGGAGGACAGACACGCGUACCUGUACGAAGUGGGCUCCUGCACCUUCUCCUACAGGCUGCCGGGGCACACGGACACGGUCAGCGGGGUGGCCUUCAGCCCGUCCGCCCCUCAGACAUGGCCGCUCCUGCCGCGACAGUCACCACGCAGCCGCCUCUGGGAUUUCGGAGAGAAAAGCGUCAGGUUCAGAAGCAAAACUUGGUACAAACCCUGAAGCUGGAUGACGACAGGGAGGCCCUGAACCGCACAGGCCUGGCGGCUGCGGGCACCAGGCACGGUGUUGAUGCUGGUGGGAGACCACUCAGACCCGGGCCUUCGCUCCAGCGUUUUGGUAAGGGCUGCACCAGUCAAGCCUUGAAAGGGGUGCCCAGCCUGGAGGCAGCCGGCUUCCACUUCUGCUGCUUAGAUGAGGGAGGGGGCCCCCAUUUCUCUGCCCCCAGACCCCCCUCCACCCCCGCGCAAGCUGU